AAAAUCAAAACCUUCAAUAACGAAAAUGAAGCCGUAUUGUUUUAUUUACCCGUCCACUGGACUUGUCUUCAAGCCCCAAUUAAGAUCCACCACCACACCUCCUCAUCUAACCUAAAAGCAAAACAAAUAAUUCUUAAACCCAAAACCCCAAAACUCUGCAUCAUCCUCUACCAUCUUCUAAGUUCUAAUCAAAUCCUGUGUCUAAUUUAUAUUCGCUGUAACAAAGUUUCAGUCUUUUCUAAAUUAUAAGGUUCUGUCAUAAAAAAGGGAACUUUGUAGGGGUGCUUGUUGGGGUGAAUUAAAUCAUGGAGACUGACAGAGACGAUGGUCGUUCUCCAAGCCAAUUAAGACCUCUCUCUUGCGCUCGCAAUGUACUUCACCGUGCUCAUGGCUCUGCCAGUUGGUCUCAAGGGGAUACAAAGGUCUUAGCUGCUGUUUAUGGACCUAAAGCUGGCACAAAGAAGAAUGAGAACCCUGAGAAGGCUUGUAUUGAAGUUAUUUGGAAGCCGAAGACAGGACAAAUUGGAAAACUGGAAAAGGAAUUUGAGAUGAUAUUGAAGAGGACUUUGCAAAGUAUCUGCAUUUUGACUCUCAACCCAAACACCACAACAUCAAUUAUCGUUCAGGUUGUUAAUGAUGAUGGUGCUCUUCUAGUCUGUGCUAUAAACGCAGCAUGUGCUGCCCUCGUAGAUGCUGGAAUUCCUAUGAAACAUCUUGCAGUUGCAAUAUGUUGUUGUUUGGCAGAAGGUGGAUAUGUUAUAUUGGAUCCUACCAAGCUGGAAGAGCAGAAAAUGAGGGGAUUCGCAUAUUUAGUCUUCCCAAACACUGUUGUCUCUGUUCUACCAGAAGGAUCAUCCCAUGUAGAAGGUGAACCCAUGGAACAUGGAAUCAUCACCUCUGUUACCCAUGGUGUAAUGUCAGUGGAAGAAUAUCUCAAAUGUCUAGAACGAGGGCGUGCAGCCAGUACAAAAUUGUCUGAUUUUCUCAGGAGGAGCUUGCAAUCACAACUUCCAAGUGACUCAUCUAAAGCUGCGUAAUUUCAAAUAUUGCUGGAAAAACUCCACAACUGUCCCAUGCUUGUUUCUACUGUACUCAAAACACAAGGGAUAAAUUUUAAUGGUUGUGGUGUAAACCUCAUUAUAUGUAGUGCUUCGCGGUUUUAAUGCUGCAUUUAGUCUUUGUGAAUCUGAAUAGUUGUUUCUGUCCAAAACAAAACUAUCAGUGUUUCUUGGUUUUUGCUAAAUUUGAAUGUGUAUGUUUUAUUUCA